UGUAUUAUUUUGCAUCAUGGGCGUAAAUCUAAUUUAACAGUAGGGGGGACAAAACAUAUACAAUUUCUCAAGAGCAAUUUUUAAAGGUUACACAAAUAAUACAGUCAAAAUUGUACUUACUACGACACUAAGCGACAAUAUACAUUAGGCUUAUAGGUUUAUCAUGCAGAUUAUAACUGAACAGAAGUCUCACAAACUGUAAUACAAGUGAACAAUAAAGCUUUUUUCAUUUAUAUAUUUUUUGUCUUUGUUGUGAAGACAGGAAACAAAUAUAAAAACACACUACCCAUGAUACUACAUGUUGACAAUGAGAGCAGGCAGUGGGCCAAACCACUGUGGCAGGGGAGGGGGAACUCAACAGUUUUUUAAACUUUAAACACCAUUUUCUUCUAAUUAAACAAUUAGUUUAGGUAACCAUAAAUAUAUUCAUGACAAUAGAGAAUGCAAGUUUAAUUGAUCGAGGGGGGACAACCCUCGGAUAGAGGGGGCCAUCUCUACUCCGCCCCCCCCUUUCACUUGAUUUACAUAUAAUGUGAACACAUCACACUUGGAGUCACAACAUUUCAGCAUUGUGCCUGCAUUGAUACAGCCACUUACUGGAAGGAUGAAGGAAUCAGUCAGUCUCCUGCUUGUCCUUUGUGGACUGACAAUAGGUUUUAUAAGAGAUCACAUCUUUGUCAACAUCCCAAAGAACUGGACUGAUGCUCGUGGUUACUGUAGGGAACACUACACAGACCUGUCAACCGUCCAAAGUAUAGAAGAACAACAAAUACUCAAUUUGUUACUUAAGCUAAAAGUAUACACAAAAUCCACUUGGAUCGGCCUGUCAAGGGACAUGAAGAACUUAACGAAUUUUCUGUGGUCUGAUGGGGAUUCCUAUCCCUUUUCUCAAUGGGAACCAGGUCAACCAAAUAAUGUUAAUGGAAAUCAACAUUGUGUAUCCAUACUUUACACAUGGUAUGACAAUGAUUGUGCUAUGUUAAGUCCAUUUUUCUGCUACAAUAACAUUCAUCUUAUAAAAGAGAAGCUGACCUGGGAGGAAGCUCUGGAGUACUGCAAGGUUCACCACAAUGACCUGGCCAGCGUGCCCUCUGAUAUACAACUGCAGUUAAUAAAAACUGGAACACUGGAAGCCAAAACAGACAGUGUGUGGACAGGCUUGCGCUUCUUGGCUGGAGAAUGGUUCUGGGUGGAUGGAAAGCCUCUGGGGGAUCAAGUCACACUUCCAGCGUGCCCAGUUCAGCCCAGACGCUGUGGAGCCCGCAACACAAAAACUGAUAAAUGGGAGAAUAGAGACUGUGAGGAAAAGCCAAACUUUCUCUGCAACUGA